AUGGGUCCUGAGCACCACCCAGCACUGAGUCCUGAGCACCACCCAGCACUGGGUCCUGAGCACCACCCAGCACUGGGUCCUGAGCACCACCCAGCACUGGGUCCUGAGCACCACCCAGCACUGGGUCCUGAGCACCACCCAGCACUGAGUCCUGAGCACCACCCAGCACUGAGUCCUGAGCACCACCCAGCACUGGGUCCUGAGCACCACCCAGCACUGGGUCCUGAGCACCACCCAGCACUGAAUCCUGAGCACCACCCAGCACUGAGUCCUGAGCACAAUCCAGCACUGAGUCCUGAGCACUGCCCAGCACUGGGUCCUAAGCACAACCCAGCACUGGGUCCUGAGCACCCCCCAGCAUUAGGUCCUGAGCACCGCCCAGCACAGGGUCCUGAGCACAACCCAGCACUGGGUCCUGAGCACAACCCAGCACUGGGUCCUGAGCACAGCCCAGCACUGGGUCCUGAGCACUGCCCAGCACUGGGUCCUGAGCACUGCCCGGCACUGGGUCCAGAGCACAACCCAGCACUGGCUCCUGAGCACCGCCCAGCACUGGGUCCUGAGCAUGACCCAACACUGGAUCCUGAGCACCACCCAGCACUGAGCCCUGAGCACCGCCCAGCAUUGGGUGCUGAGCACAACCCAGCACAGACCUGA